GUUUUCUGUUCCCCGGGGCCACAAUGUUUUCAACGGGACUGAACUUACUCCUUUGCGGACUCUCCAUGGCCGCUUGAUCCGGCCACCCAACCGCCGCGUCUCCGCGCUAACGCUUCCUCCUCCGGACGUCCACGCAAACUUUUUCCAUCCCCCAGAUAAACUCUCGUCCUCCGGGUGGGUUUUAUGUCAAGGACCGAGGAUGCAGCCCCCACCGAGAAAGGUCCGGGUCACCCAGGAGCUGAAACACACUCAUGCAGAGCAGAUGAGCAGAUUACAGAUCAAACAUCAGGCAGAAUGUGACCUCCUGGAAGACCUGAGGACUUUCAGCCAAAAGAGGGCAGCUGUAGAGAGAGACUACGCCCAGGCGCUGCAGAAACUGGCAAAUCAGUAUCUGAAGAGGGAAUGGCCCGACAGUCUGACCGGGGAACAAGAUGACCACAGGAACAUGUAUUGUGUGUGGAGGGCCUAUCUGGAGGGCACAGUGCAGGUCACCCAGUCCAGAAUCAGCACCUGUGAAAACUACAAAGUCCAGGUGGCCGAUCCGGCCAAGACGGCCAGACUGCAGAAGGAGCAGCAGCUGAGGAAGUGCAUUGAGCAGCUGACGGUGGUCCAAGCCGAGCUGCAGGAUUCCGUGAAGGAGCUGACGAAGAGCAGGAAGAAAUACCAGGAGAACGAGACGAUGGCACAGGCUGUGAGAGAGAAGGCAGAGCAGGACGCCAAGUCGAAGUUAAGUCUUUUCCAGUCCAGGUCCAGUCUGCAGAGAGCGAGCGUUAAGCUCAAAGCCAAGAGGAGUGAGUGCAACUCCAAAGCCACCCACGCCAGGAACGACUACCUUCUCACUCUAGCAGCCGCUAAUGUUCACCAGCAGCGCUACUACGACACAGACCUCAUGGACUGCAUCAAGGUGUUAGACGGCAGAAUAUAUGAGCAGGUCAAAGAUUACCUGGUGUCACUGUCUCAGACGGAGCUGGAAACCUACCAGGCGGUCCACAACACCUUCAACCAGAUCCUGAGCAGCUCAAAUGGGGUUGUUCAGGAGUUUCACCAGCAGCUGUUUGCAGAGAAGAACCCGAUGUUUCAGAAGGCUCCGGACUUCUUGUACCAGCCCAGCGACACAGACACGGUGAUGCAGCUACAGAAAGAGAGCGGGACGUCGGAGGAGCACGGCCUGGAUAAGGAGGCGAGGAAAUGGGCGAGCCGCGUGGCCCGAGAGUACAAGAGCAUCAUCCACACACAGCGGGCUCUGGAGGAAUAUGGGACGCAGGAGUCGUCGGAGCAGAACAACAGUGACAUGGAAACGAAGAUGGAGGUGGCCAGACAGAGUCUUCGGAGGGCAGAGACGGUGAAGGUGAAGGCAGAGGCUCGUCUGGACCUGCUGCGACAGGCGGGAGUCACUGUGGAGACGUGGCUGAAGAGCGCGAUGAACCAGGUCAUGGAGGAGCUGGAGAACGAACGCUGGAACAACCUCAACACCCACGACCCUGCGCUCUCUGGGACAGGAGAUCUGGAGCCCGAGGAUGAGGAGGAGAUGGAGGACAGCAGUGGAGUGUUGGACGACAGCAGCUCCAGUCCGUCCAGCACCUUGAAAAACUAUCCCCUCACCUGCAAAGUGCUCUACUCCUACAAGUCGUCUCAGCCGGAUGAACUGACCAUUGAAGAGCAGGAGAUCCUGGAGGUCAUUGAUGACGGCGACAUGGAGGACUGGGUCAAAGCCAGAAACCGCAGCGGACAGGUUGGCUACGUCCCAGAGAAAUACCUGCAGCUUCCCUCCUCUAACAGCCUGCUGAGCAUGCUGCAGUCUCUGGCUGCGCUGGACGCCAGAUCCCACUCCUCCAGUAACUCCACCGAACCGGAGACCGAACUACCCACCGGCUCCGUCAACGGAGACUCCAGCGUGUCUUUUGCGAAGGCCUUGUACGACUACGCGGGACAGACGGAAGACGAGCUGUCGUUUCCGGAAGGCGCCAUCAUCCGCAUCCUGAGCAGAGAGACCCACGAGGACGACGGUUUCUGGGAGGGAGAGUUUAACGGCGUCGUCGGCGUCUUCCCGGCCGUUCUGGUGGAGGAGCUCACCGCCGCCAGCGAGAAUGGAGACGGAAAAGGAGACGGCAGCGCGCAGGCCUCCCCCUCCACUCUACCGCUGGGUGAGCGCUCCCCUCGCAGUCCCUUCCAGCCGGGGCCCCUCCACAGCAGUCCCCUCCAGACGCCCACCACGUCCUCCCCUCUGGCCAGCCCCAGCAGCGCUACCGCCUCUCCCAUUGGCCGACCCCCCGCCUAUCACAACGGACAUCACAGGCCGCCGCCAGCGCCGCACAAAAGCCCCUUUCAAAGUCCAGCACAAGGUUCCCCACAACCCCCCAAAUACCCCGAGAGCGGAUCAGGCACCAUUCGACCUGUCCGUGCGGCUCCUCCGCCCCCGAAGCAGCAUCCCCGUGGGCAGGUGAAGCGGAGGGAGGACGUGGAGAUCACGCUGGUGUGAAGACGUCACCCCGGCGGUGGCGGCAGUGACGUCUCUGUUCAGACAAGGGACCAGCGGCUCUGUGCCUCUCAACACACUCCCAAAGGAAACUUAUAGCUUCUCUGAAGACGCCCCCUGUAGGCGGGGAGAGGCCCUCCACUCUGUCCUCACAGGGUCAGUGAGCUGUGGAGGAGUAUCGUGCCUUUCUUUUCUAAAUUUCUUCUCCUUUUCAGUUUUUCUCAUUUCUCCUCCUCCAUCACCCGGGAUUUGUCUCAUAUUUGAUGAGACCGAUAAAUAAGAACAAUUUUAUAAUUUGAUUUAAAAAUUACACAGGUUCUUAUCUUCUACCAAGACACAAAUCGUUUUCAGAUUUUCAGUGAUCAUUUGCAGAUAAAGUUUCUUAAUGUGAGAAACUCUAUGCAGAAAUAAAACUACAGUUAAACGUAUUAUUGUUAGAAAGUAAUAUGAACGGAUUUGAACGGUUUCAGAAAGGUUUUUGUGAACGUCUCUCGCCGAGCGUCAGAACAGACGGUUGAUGCCACUGCGAUGUCGUGUGUUCGGUAAGAAGCUAGAACCAGGAAGACAUUGGUUUGAUGAUUUAUCUUCAUACCAGCAUUUAAACAACUAAACGUUUGCUUCAAAGUCGACUGUGACUCUCAGAUGUGUUCAGAUGUUUGAGGGAACAAAGAGUUCAAGAGCCCCAAAAAAAACGAUUCAGUUGAAAUAUUAUUAUUAUAAUAUAAACUGCUGCUCCACGAAUAAACAAAAAUAGUUUUUUACUAUUAUGAGACAAGAGUCGAUGGGAAAAAAACAUCUGUUUGAUCUUGUUCUUUUACUAACUGAGCUGAGCAGCUUUCAACAAAGAGACUCGGGUCGUCAGUGGCUGAUUCGUUACAAAUUGACUCUGUGUCGAGUUAAUUCAGGAUAAAGUUUUAUCACAACACGAUGGUGUCAGGGAAAGAUGCUGCAUUUCAUAACUCUGAAGCCUGAGCGCUGUGUCGCUUCAAUUUAACACAAGAUUGUUGUAAUGACAUUUUUUAAUAAUGCGUAAAAAAUCGUCUCUGUGAGAAUUUCCAACUAUCGUGCCGUGUUUUUUAGGGUCCGAUUUCUCAUGGUCUCACUUGUGCCUUAACGAGGCAGCCUCCUGCACUGUUUUAAUGUGCAGCUGUUCUUGAUCAGAAUCCUUUAACGUGAACACACUGGUCAGAACCAGGACCCACAGAUCAACAUGGCUCUGUUCAGCCGGUCCUCAGGAGGAGUUCCUUCUUCACGAUCAACCAUAAAACCAAACAAGCAGUCAAGGAAUUUAUAAUGAACACAGCCUCGCUAACCGUUCCCCCCUGUUUCCAGUCUUUAUGCUAAGCUAAGCUAAUCGCCCCCUGGCUGCAGCUUCAUAUUUAACCGACUAACUUGAGAGUGGCAUCGAUCUUCUCGUCUAACUCUUUGUAAGAAAAUAAAUAAAUUACAUAUCUUAUAAUAACGAGAUCUGUAUAAAAAAUAUAAGGAAAUCAUAUUCAUAUUAUUAAUAAUAAUAUUGUAAUGAUUUCAGACAUCUCACCCCCCCGUUAUCUCACAGGGGUUUUCUCUCUUAUUUCCACGAUCUGAUGUUGAGCUUUUGAGACUCAUCACAAUUGGAUGAUUAUUGAUUCUAUGCAACAGAGUUGAUAUUUGGGCCGGACGGCAGCAUGUUGUGAACGUGCAGCUUCAACACAAACCAAACAUCCGGUCGUCUCCACACUCCGAUCAAAACACACCAGCGGCGGGCGAGGCUGGUCCUCCCCUCCGACACGUGAGCUGUGACCGCACACGGUUACACAAACAAGGGAAAAGUGGCAAUUUUAGUUGAGCGAUAGGAAAGUCUUGAUCGAGAAUAAUAGAUCCUUUUUGCAUUUAAAUUUGUAGAACUCUGCUUGUUGUUGUUGUUGGUUUUCUUUGCACCAAACUGCUCAGAGACGCCUGAAGGGAGACGUAGUGCGGACACACACAGUCUAACUUUGUUUUAUCUUGUGUUGUUGGGAUGUUGGCAACUCUAACGUUUCCAGUAAUGUUUGACUGGUGGUCAGUGGAGGAGCAGUGACAGUUAACACUGAGGUAAUGUGCAGUUUGAACACGCCUUUAUUUUGGAAGGAGGAAACCAUCCUGAGCUGCUAGCUAGUCCAAUUUAAAAAUAAUGUAUACUGUCAUAGUGAAGCACUUUCUGACGUCUUCUUAUUCCUUUUCAGUAUUGUGGAUGCUACGUUGUUUGUCCGAUAUUUCUCGUUUGACGUUUUGUUUACCAGCUAUAUUGGUAUGAAUACUUUUUCCUUUAUCGGCUCUUGUUAUUUAGCCCUAAAUAGCCAGUGUAGUGUCUUUGAUUGAGGUUGAGAUGUGACCUUUAUGAACGUAUUGUUUCUUUGAGAUAUUAAUAGUUUACAGAGAGCUUGGAGAUGGAUAUCUGAACAAAUAAUAGCACCGCUUUUGUUUGUUGUUUCUUUGUUUCUUUUAAUUUCGUUUUUAUUUUUUUAGAUGUAGGAUAAAGACUUAUUAAACCGCAGUCGGAUUCGAUCAGAGGAAAAGAGAGAUAUCUGUCAGCCACGUUGCUGUGUUCUCGUUGAUCUCCUUGAGAUCUGAAUGACAUCAAACUUAUUUUUGAAGUUUGCAUUUACCCUGUUGUAUUAACAAAUGAAUAUUAUAAAAGUUAAAAAAAAGAAAAGAUCUCUUUUUCCCAACAGAGACGUUGUUUUUGUUUGUUAACUUGCUACUGGUCCUGAUUCCACGUUAAGUCUGAAUCAGAAAUGUCAGCGUCAAACUGCCCUGGUUUUACAAUGUAAGCUCUGCAGAGGCUGUCGAGUGUCAUAUUUACACACCAGUGGAUGUUUAACUGUAUUUAUUGUGUACAAAUAAAUGUGAAAUAAAGAUAGCUUACAUGAAAGAAA